GGUGAGAGAGUGUGGCGGGCCGGCGGCUGCCGCUCACUCAUUCUACCGCCAUCCGCCACGCAACCCGUGCCACUUCCACUUUCUUGAGCUUUUCCAGCCACCAGGUCCUCCACGAUGAGCACUGCAGAAGCCGCGGCCCGCAAGAAGCUGAAUUUGGAGAAGGCGACCAACUUCAUGCGCCAAUUCCGCGAUCCCGAGACGCGCGACCUGAAAAAGCUGUCGGCCAACCAGUUCAUGGACGUGUGGAGCCACUACGACAAGGACGGAAACGGAUACAUUGAGGGCACCGAGCUCGACGGCUUUCUGAAAGAGUUCGUUUCGAGCGCGAAUUCAUCUGAUGUCGGUCCUGAGGCAGUAUCAGAUGCCGUGCUUGCCGAGUUGAAGCAGUGUUUUCUCGAGGCCUAUGACGAUAACCAAGAUGGAAAAAUCGACAUCAGAGAGUUGGCGCAGCUGCUGCCCAUGGAGGAGAACUUCCUGCUGCUCUUCCGCUUUGACAACCCACUCGAGUCGAGCGUCGAGUUCAUGAAGAUCUGGCGCGAGUACGACACGGACGGCAGCGGAUUCAUUGAGGCUGACGAGCUCAAGAACUUCCUGCGUGACUUGUUGAGGGAGGCGAAGAAGAUCAACGACGUGUCCGAAGAUAAACUGAUUGAGUACACCGACACCAUGCUCCAAGUGUUCGACGCUAAUAAAGACGGCCGUUUGCAGCUCUCGGAAAUGGCUAAGUUGCUUCCCGUGAGGGAGAACUUCUUGUGCAGGUCGAUCUUCAAGGAAGGAAUCAGCGGCGCGACCAAACUCACCAAGGAGGACAUCGAGAGAGUCUUCGCCCUUUACGACAGGGACAACAAUGGUUCCAUAGAGAACGAGGAGCUGCGUGGAUUCCUCAAAGACCUGCUCGAGCUCGUGAAAAAGGACUACGACGCCGUGGACCUGCAGGAGUUUGAGGAGACGAUCCUCAGGGGUUGCGACUAUAACCAGGACGGCAAGAUCAGCAAGAAGGAGCUCACCAUGAUCCUGUUGGCACUGUCCAAGACCAGUUUAGACGAAGAGUCGGCGUAAAUUCGAGAAAGAAA